UGCUAAAUAGUUUCGUCGCGGUAGGGUGUGAAAGUCAGCUCACGGUGCUUCUUAGGCAAAAGGUAGGGCGAAAUUGAAAUAUUAUCAGCGUAUAUAACCAUUUGUGAAGCACAAUGUCGAUCGAUGUACUCACGCCGUGCGAUAUUCCUUGUCUUUUAGACGAGGUCGAAGGGCUGUCCGAAGACGUGACAUUUGAUCAGCCAUAUCUCAGCACAGUGACCCAAGAUUCCGACUGUUCAAGUUUUGUAAGCAGUCCAGUCAGCAUGGAGGAAGACUUGUUCAGCGAGUUAGGAUCUAACGCCAGUAUUUCUCCAGAUCACCCGUUAAUAUCGGAAGAUGACGACCUGGAUUUGUUGAACUUUCUAGUAAAGGACAACCAACGUAAGGAUGAGAAUAAAACCACGUGUUCCAUUCCAACGACUGUUAUCACGAACAAAAAGAGAACUUUUUCCAAUAUGGAAGAUUCACUUGCCGAGCGCAACAGAAAAAACGCAAUAGCUGCCAGGGAAAACCGUCAAAAGAAGAAAAAUUAUGUUGCAGGCCUAGAGAAAAAAAAUCUGGAACUGUCUGCCGAGAAUAAGUCGUUGAAAGCGGAAAAUAAUGAACUUGUAAAUAAAACAAUUUGUUUGGAGGAAGAGGUAACGUAUUUGAAGAGUGUAUUGGCACAUCAGAGCUCGCUCGCAAAACUUAUCAAGAACAUUGGGAAAACUGACAUUAGAUUAACGUCAUCGUUCGAUGCGAGGAAAAUUACCGAGCCCAGCUCUAAGCGAAGGAAAACGUCAUCUUCUACCACUGGGGGAAUGUGUCUUCACGUUACUGGCCAGGACGUCUCAUUAGAAUUCUGUUCCAAAUGUGCCAGCAUGGCCUGUGGAUCUUUGACAUCGUGAAUGAAUCACGGAUCACUAUAAACAUAAUGAUUGAGCCAUUAUUAGAACUUGAUUUUAUGGCACCAAUAAUUAUACAGUCGAUGUUAUGAAGUGAUAAACUGGCUUGGUAGAAUGCCGUUGGUUUAUUUCUGGUAGUAUCUUGUUGGCUGUACGUAAAAGGUGGUAAGGUGUUCAUGGCUGACAAUGAACGGUGUGACAAGAACAAAUGGUUUAUGAACUCCAUAAGUUUAUUUUUUGUUUGGAAAAUAUGAAAAGUAAAAAAUAUUUGAAUUUUGUGGUCUGACAAUGUUUUUUUGUUAAGGAUAAUGUUGACUGCCCAGUUAAUUUCCAUUUCAGAGAUUAAGACUGUUUUACUAAGUUCAGCAGUACCCAGAGAAUAAGUGUUAUAUUCAUAUAUCGAUGUCUAUCCAGAGUGGAUGUUGCUGCAGAUGAGUUUAGUUUCGAUUUCAACUGGCUUGUGACAGUUACGUCAGGAAAUCUACUUAGAAGGGGACAUUAUUCCAGCAAGCAAAGGGAGAGAGGUAUUGAGGUCAGGUAGUAUUCAGGUAGUGUCAAUGAUGUAUAAUUCCAGGUUUGUGGUUUGUAGAGAUUCCUUAGCAGGCAUAUAUGGUUAGUAUUAGAAGUACCGGUACAUCCACAGAAUUGUGGAUAUUCUUAUGGCAGAAUUAAGUUAUGGUUUAAGACAUGCAGCCUGCAUACUGUGAUAUUUUGUGUAUUUCGCAUCAGUGCAUUGGGAACAAUGAUUUAGAUUGAGCAAAUGUAUAUCCAGAAAUAUAUAGAUGUGUGCCGUACAGGCAAAGAAGAACGUGAUGCAUUUAUAAAGAAGUCAGUUAUCAGUAAUGAUUCUAUUUGUUGUAUUUUUUGUGUGGACUAUUAAAAAAAAAGUACUGCUUACAAAU